UGAUGUUCGUAUUUCCCCCGUGUUGACAGUGGUGCUUGGAGCCGAGAGGGUCAGGGGGAGGAGAGGAAAGGGAGUGGAGCGAGAAGACGACAGGAGGAGAUCCACCACAGGGUGACCAAUUUAACCGGACCAUCCUUGGACAGCUAACGGUAGGCUAUGGUCCUCCACCCUGACCGCUCCGACCGAGAACCACGCCGACUCGGAUCAACGUCUGCGGUCCUGUCGGGGAAUAGAAAAAGAAGAUGAACACGACCCAGCAGAAGCGGUGGAGAUAGACCUGGCCGCAGAGAGUGGUCUUCUACCUAACCUUGGUCUCUGUUCACUGACCCUGGCCAAGACAUUUGAAGCAUUGUGAAGCAACUGGUACGCCUUUUGACCCCAUCUAGUUAGGCCACCCUGUGGCCCUGCAGUGUGGCCUCUACAAACCCCUCCUCACUACUUCAAAAUUGUGUCCACGGGGAUAAAUGAGUGAACCGGCUGCAAGGGAAAGGGCUGGGACAUGUACCAGAACCCCAACAGAAUGUCCUGGUUCAGUGGUUUCCUAGUUGCAAGAGUGGAUGACCGCAAGACUGCGUGGGGGGAGCGCAAUGGCAAGAAGUCCAAACGGAAAGGAGGCUCAUCUCUCUGCAACCCACGUUACAUGAGCUGUCUGCGGGACCCAGAUGCUAUGGAGCCCCCCUCUGGAGCACCCCUCCAUCAGCACCACCGCGGAGGGGUGACUGGUGCCCUGGGAGGCGGGGGCAACUUUGGCGUCCGUUGUGGAUGGCAGGAGGACCACUACGGCAAAAGAGGAGGGGCUCCCGGGGAAGGGGUGGGGCUGAAAUCUGUCAACUUGGGCUUUGAAGAUGGUGCGUUGAAAGAGAGGAAAGGGGGAUGUAACGGAGGAAGCGGUGACAUGGGCGACGAUGGUCCCAAUGGGGCAGCAGGGGUGGUGACGGCUGCAGACUGCUGGCUCAGGGUAGUGCAAGUGUUCCAGUCAAAAAAAUUCCAGUCCCGCAAACUGGAGCGCCUAUACCAGCGUUACUUCUUCAGGCUGAACCAGAGCUCCUUGACCAUGCUCAUGGGGGUACUUGUGAUCGUGUGCGGCAUCAUGCUGACCUUCCACUGUGUUCAUGCCGCCCCUCACGUGGCUUAUUCGUCAGCCCUCUCGGUCGCGAUGGCACUCUUCAUGGCCCUCAUGAUAGUGUGCAACCGCAAUGGCUUCCACCAGGACUACAUGUGGAUGGUCAGUUAUCUGGUGAUUGGAGUCUUGCUGUCUGUACAGGUGUUUGGGGUGCUCAUGGUGGCACCUAGGAGCGCCUCAGAAGGCAUCUGGUGGUCCGUGUUUUUCAUCUACAUCAUCUACACUCUGCUACCUGUGAGGAUGAGAGCAGCAGUGCUAAGUGGAGCAGUGCUGUCCAUCAUACACGUGGUCACCACCUGGCAGAUCAAUCAGGAAGACAAGUUCCUCUGGAAACAGGUGAGCGCUAAUGUCCUGAUCUUCCUGUGCACUAACAUAAUUGGUAUCUGUACCCACUACCCCGCUGAGGUUUCCCAGAGACAAGCUUUCCAGGAGACCCGAGGAUACAUCCAGGCCAGACUACACCUGCAGAGGGAGAAUCAACAACAGGAACGUCUGUUGCUUUCAGUGUUGCCAAGGCACGUUGCCAUGGAGAUGAAGGCUGACAUCAAUGCCAAGAAGGAAAACAUGAUGUUCCAUAAAAUCUAUAUCCAGAAACACGACAAUGUCAGUAUUCUGUUUGCAGACAUCGAGGGUUUCACCAGCCUGGCCUCUCAAUGCACGGCUCAGGAGCUAGUCAUGACACUCAAUGAACUCUUUGCCCGUUUUGACAAGCUGGCAUCGGAGAACCACUGUCUACGUAUUAAAAUUUUGGGUGAUUGUUACUAUUGUGUGUCUGGACUCCCUGAACCCCGGGCUGACCACGCCCACUGCUGUGUGGAGAUGGGCGUCGACAUGAUAGAGGCAAUCUCGCUGGUGCGCGAGGUGACAGGGGUCAACGUAAACAUGCGUGUUGGGAUUCACAGUGGGCGCGUGCAUUGUGGUGUGCUUGGUCUCAGGAAGUGGCAGUUUGACGUGUGGUCAAACGAUGUCACGCUGGCCAACCACAUGGAGGCGGGAGGCAAAGCAGGGCGGAUUCACAUCACUAAGGCCACCUUGCAGUAUCUUAAUGGAGACUAUGAGGUGGAACCAGGUUUUGGAGGUGAGAGGAACGCGUAUCUGAAGGACAACAGCAUCGAGACCUUCCUGGUUCUUGGCUGCAGCCAGAAACGGAAGGAGGAGAAGGCGGUGAUGGCUAAGAUGCAGAGGACGAGAGCCAACUCUAAUGAGGGGCUGAUGCCACGCUGGGUCCCCGACAGAACCUUCUCCAGGACCAAAGACUCCAAAGUCUUCAGACAAAUGGGAAUUGAUGAGACCUCCAGUAAAGACAACCGUUGUGUUCAGGAGACAAUGAACCCGGAGGACGAGGUUGAUGAAUUUUUGGGGCGAGCCAUUGACGCUCGCAGCAUUGACCAGCUAAGAAAAGACCAUGUUAAGAAGUUCUUGCUCACUUUCCAGACAUCUAGCCUGGAGAAAAAGUAUUCCAAGAAGGUGGACGAUCGUUUUGGAGGUUAUGUUGCAUGUACUCUACUAGUAUUUUGCUUCAUAUCCUUCAUACAGAUUGUUAUCUUUCCACACACCCCAGUCAUGCUGGGAAUCUACAUCAGUAUUUUUGUCAUACUCGCCAACAUCCUUUUCAUCUGUGCCAUAUAUUCAUGCAUUAAGCUCUUUCCAGCUGCAAUGCAGACUGUUUCAAAGAAGAUUGUCCAGUCGCGCACCAACAGCACCCUGGUUGGAGUAUUUACAAUUAUCCUUGUCUUCAUCUCUGCCUUUGUUAAUAUGUUUGCCUGUGACACCAAGAGCUUGGCACAAUGCGUAGCCGAGAAGCUGAACACGUCUGCAGCGCUGGUGACGCCCUGUUUGAUCCGCACUUUGAAUGUGUCCAUUGACGGGGGUCUGGAGAUCUGUCCCAGCAACGGCCCCUCCUGCCCUUUUCCUGAGUAUUUCAGCUACAGUGUGCUGCUGACGCUGCUAGCUUGCUCAGUGUUCCUGCAGAUCAGCAGCAUAGGGAAGUUGGCCCUCAUGCUGCUCAUCCAGCUCACCUUCCUGCUGCUGGUGGAGUGGCCACAAGUAGCACUUUUCGACAACGCAGACCUCUUUGUCACCUCCAAUGCCAUUGAUUUAAAUGAAACUAGCGCUCAAUGGUUCAGUUUCAAUGAAACUACAAACCAGUGUCCAUUUGUUGUGACAAAAGUGUCUCUGAGGGUCAUGACUCCAGUGAUCCUCACAGUCUUUGUCCUGGCACUGUACCUGCAUGCCCAGCAGGUUGAAUCUACUGCACGCCUCGACUUCCUGUGGAAAUUACAGGCCACAGAGGAGAAGGAGGAGAUGGAGGAACUGCAAGCCUACAAUCGUCGCCUCCUCCAUAAUAUUCUGCCUAAGGACGUAGCUGCUCACUUCUUGGCGCGUGAGCGGCGUAACGACGAGCUAUACUACCAGUCCUGUGAGUGUGUGGCGGUCAUGUUCGCCUCUAUCAGCAAUUUCUCUGAAUUUUACGUGGAGCUGGAGGCCAACAACGAGGGAGUGGAGUGUCUCCGGCUGCUCAACGAGAUCAUUGCUGACUUUGAUGAGAUCAUCAGUGAAGAGAAGUAUAGGCAGCUAGAGAAGAUCAAGACCAUUGGUUCCACCUACAUGGCGGCCUCCGGUCUCAAUGACUCCACUUACGACAAGGAGGGCCGUUCACACAUUAUUGCACUGGCCGACUACGCCAUGAGACUGAGGGAGCAGAUGAAGUACAUCAAUGAGCAUUCCUUCAACAACUUCCAGAUGAAGAUAGGUCUGAACAUUGGACCAGUGGUAGCAGGGGUGAUUGGUGCACGGAAGCCUCAAUAUGAUAUUUGGGGAAACACAGUCAAUGUGGCCAGUCGUAUGGACAGCACAGGUGUACCUGACUGCAUACAGGUGACUACAGACCUCUACCAGGUGCUUGCAAACAAAGGGUACGUGUUGGAGUACCGUGGGGUGGUCAAGGUCAAAGGGAAAGGCGAAAUGACAACCUACUUCCUGAACGAUGGCCCGCCCAACAGUUAGCAGCCGUGGCAGCAGCACGUUUGGAUGUUCCCCUGAGUGAGGACUCACAGUGUGAGAGAAUGGCUAAAGACUAGUGACGCCAUCACUUGAAUCCCAAGUAAGGAGGAAAAAAACUUCAAAAGGAAAGUGUUCUUGAUGAAAGGAAAUUUUCUCGUUUGACAGCCAUUUUGGCUCACAUACAUGUUGAAGGACACAUGUUUUUCUCAUGUCUAGCCUCACUCUCUGGCUUCUUGAAAGAUGCAAAGUCUGUUUAUUUAAAACAACGCCUUUUAGCCUGUGUCAAAAGAAGAUAAACGCUGUACAUAAGGCUACUUUAUAUUUUGACUUUGUUUAGUUUUUUUCCAGUCAUUUUUUUAUUUCACAUGAAUUAUGAACAGGUACUCAUAUUUAGUUUUGGAAUUAAUUAUUUAUUUUGAUCUCGAAGUUUUGUGCAAAAGGUCCUUUAUGAAAAAGUGUGAAUACAUACGUGCACAAAUAUCCAGUUUAUUACACGUUAAUAAGUGUGUAUGUACAUGCAUAUUUGUGUGUGUAUGAAUAUAUAUGUAUAAACUGAGGAGGAAUAUAUUGACCAAAGACUAAAGUAUUUACUAAAAGCAAGGCAAGACAUGUUUGAUAUGUUCUCGCUAAAUUCAGCAAUGAUCACUGCGUCUGUUUUUUAGACAGGAAGCCUGAACUUCUG